UGGCAUUGUCAACCCUAGGGUGAAUACAACAAGGAAGCUUUGCACUUUGUUUUUCUAUGUAUAAAUAUAUGCAUGGAGUACAAAGAUGGAGCCACAGUGUAAAUGUGUUGUCACAAUUUCACGGUGGGGGUAAUUAGGAAAAAAAACUCUCACAAGACUCUGUCAAUAGGGGAAGGAGGGGCAAUAAUGAAAACAACGUUUGCGAAAUGCUGUCCUAACCCAUUUGAAGAGUGCAAACUGAAAAACAAAAACAAAAGUAGAAAGCAAGAGGGAACUUUCAGAAAAUGGAAACCAUGGGCUCCUAUUUAAGACACAGGCCUGAAGGAAGGUCUUCAGAGAAUCUAGAGAGCAGGUUCACUGAGUCACCCACCUUCCCAGGCCACAAGCAUCUGCAAGGUCCCCGAUGGCCCCAGCCUGGUCCCUCCUCCUGGCCCUGCUGCUGCUCAGCUACAACGCCAUCUGCUCUCUGGGCUGCCAUCAGCCUCACUCCCACAGCCUGGCCAACAGGAGGGUCCUGAUGCUCCUGCAACAACUGAGGAGGGUCUCCCCUUCCUCCUGCCUGCAGGACAGAAAUGACUUCGCAUUCCCCCCGGAGGCGCUGGGUGGCAGCCAGUUGCAGAAGGCUCAAGCCAUCUCUGUGCUCCACGAGGUGACCCAGCACACCUUCCAGCUCUUCAGCACAGAGGGCUCGGCCGCCACGUGGGACCAGAGCCUCCUGGACAAGCUCCGCGCGGCACUGGAUCAGCAGCUCACUGACCUGCAAGCCUGUCUGAGGCAGGAGGAGGGGCUGCGAGGGGCUCCCCUGCUCAAGGAGGACUCCAGCCUGGCUGUGAGGAAAUACUUCCACAGACUCACUCUCUAUCUGCAAGAGAAGAGACACAGCCCUUGUGCCUGGGAGGUUGUCAGAGCAGAAGUCAUGAGAGCCUUCUCUUCCUCAACAAACUUGGAGGAGAGAUUCAGGAGAAAGGACUGACACACACCUGGUUCAAUACAGAAAUGAUUCUCACGGACCAACAGACCACACUUCCUCCUGUGCUGCCAUGUGGAAGACUCAUUUCUGCUGUCAUCAGGCACUGAACUGAAUCAAUUUGUCAAAUGAUUUCAGGUAUAUUAACCAACAUAAUGAUCUACUCUACAGGCACUACUCCAUCGCAGAUACUCAAGCAGAUCCAUCUACUUAUUUAUCUGUUUGGACAUUUAUUUAUCUAAUUAAUAUUUAUUUAUCUAUAUUUAAAGAAUUAACUUAUUUUGUUCA